AUGAAGCUUCCUUUCGGUGCCGCGCUGGCCACUUUACUGGCAUUUGCAACGACCUCAAAGUUCGCCUCUGCAUUCAAACUCGUCGUCAACGACACGGCAUCCGUUAGAGAUGCAUCCACCAACCUCGCCUUUGGAGUACAGUCCUACUAUCACAACAACGAGUCCAGUACGCCAGCCACAUCGAUCGGCACGCUUCCACUCGAGCCGUGGUAUUGGUGGCUAGCCGGAGCAAUGUGGGGAGGUAUGGUGGAUCAUUGGGCGUACACCGAUGACAGCUCCUACAACGCAGUCAUUCAGCAGGCCAUCAUGGCGCAAGUCGGGCCUGACUUCAACUUCAUGCCACCGGCCUACUUCGGUUCUCUCGGCAAUGAUGAUCAAGCAUUCUGGGCGUUUUCCGCUCUCUCCGCAUACGAGUAUUCCUUCCCACCACCAGAAGGUCAGGGCGAGGAUAUCUGGCUCGACCUCGCAGUGGCCGUUUUCAACACUCAAGUCCCACGUUGGGACACCGCGAAAUGUGGCGGCGGCCUUAAAUGGCAAGUGUUUGAGUCAAACAAAGGCUACAAUUAUCGCAACUCAGUCAGCAAUGGUGCUUUUCUGCAGAUUGCUGCUCGGCUUGCAAGGAUCACUGGAAAUCAGACUUAUGUCGACUGGGCGGGGAAGACGUGGGACUGGAUGAACAGCACUGGCUUGAUUGGAUCAAAUUAUCAAGUCUACGAUGGCACUGACGAUUUGAUCAAUUGUACUGAGAUCAAUCACAUCCAGUGGAGCUACAAUCCUGCAAUUCUGCUACAUGCCAGCGCGACGAUGGCUAACUUAACCAAUCUCCCCAUCUGGCAGUCACGUACUGACGGUCUGCUGACAUCGAUCUUGAACACCUUCUUCUCUCCAUAUCCGAAUGCCACGAGCAUUAUGUACGAGCCAGCCUGCGAGCCCUCAGAUACCUGCAACAUCGACCAAACGUCCUUCAAAGGCUACCUCUCCCGCUGGAUGUCCAAAAGCGCCAUCCUCCAACCCUCACUCACCAACGCCGUAACCAAAUAUCUCAGCGCCUCCGCCCUAGCCAUUGCAGCUUCAUGCACAGGAGGUGGCAACAACAACACCACCAGCAGCCAAACCUGCGGUCAAAAAUGGUAUACAGGAAACUAUGACGGAGUCCCCGGGGUGGGACAACAACUCUCCGCUUUGGAAACUGUACAAAGUCUCCUCUUACUAAGUGGAUCUGCGACGAGAAGUAUUCCAAAAACACAGGCCAAUGUGGUAAUCCAGGUCGUUCCUAUGAGGAAGGGUCGCUAA